CACCAAGCGGCGUUUCGCUUCCUCCUCCUCCUCCUCGAUCUGCCCAUCGGCGCUUCCAGAUCCUGUCUGGAAAAAAAGGGAAUCGAGGGAAGAAAAGCGAGAAGGGUUGAAGGAAGCCUCCAACGCUGAAGGGGGAAGCGGGAGGGUGCCCUUCCUUCCUUCUUUCCCGCCGCUCUGGGCCUGCGUGGCGCCGCUCGGCCGGCAGGGGGCGAGUCCCGCCUCCUUCCCUUGGCAAUGGACGGGCGCGCGCCUCGCCUCCUCGCCGCGCGCGCCCCCGGCUCCUCCUCCUCCUCCUCCUCUUCCAACUAAACUCUGGCGGAGUGCUAGAAGCGCCGCCGCUCCUCCCGCCGCUUCCGAGUGCCUGCUUUUGGGCAGCGAUAGAGAAGCUCCGCGCCUGCCGACGAGGAGAAGCCGAGCCCUGGGCUCCUCCUCCUCUCCCUUCUCUUUGCAACAGGAGGCUUCCGCACUCGCCAGUGAGACCAGGAGGCGAGAGGCACGGCGGCAGCGGAGACUCCUCGCCGAAAAGUUCUCCAAAGUCGCCAUGGCUCCGGCGGUGGGAGCCCCGCGGUGGCUGCUGCUGAUGCUGCUGCUCUUGGCCUCCUCCUCGGCCCCUUCGGCGGCCCUCCUCGGAGCGGCCCGGGGGCAGUUCUCGGCAGGAGGUUGCACAUUUGAUGAUGGUCCAGGACCCUGUGAUUACCAUCAAGACCCAUACGAUGACUUUGACUGGGUUCAUGUUAGUGCUCAGGAGCCCCAUUACCUGCCACCUGAAAUGCCUUCUGGAUCAUAUAUGAUUGUUGAUGCUUCUCACCACAGCCAUGGAGAAAAGGCUCGGCUCCAGCUCCCUACAAUGAAAGAGAAUGAUACUCACUGCAUUGAUUUCAGCUACCUUUUGUACAGCAAGAAGAGGGCAAGCCCUGGAACCCUGAACAUCUUGGUCAGAGUAAACAAGGGCCCUCUGGCGAAUCCCAUUUGGAAUGUGACAGGAUCCACUGGCAAAGACUGGCUACGCGCAGAACUGGCUGUCAGCACCUUCUGGCCAAAUGAAUACCAGGUAAUAUUUGAAGCUGAAGUCUCAGAUGGAAGAAAUGGCUACAUUGCCAUUGAUGACAUCCAGGUUUUGAGUUACCCUUGUGACAAAUCUCCUCAUUUCUUGAGACUGGGGGAUGUGGAGGUUAAUGCAGGCCAGAACGCUACAUUUCAGUGCAUUGCUACAGGGAGGGAUGCAGUGAACAACAAGUUAUGGCUGCAGAGACGGAAUGGAGAAGACAUUCCAGUGGCCCAAACUAAAAAUAUAAAUCACAGACGAUUUGCUGCUACAUUUAAGCUUCAAGAAGUAACAAAAACAGACCAGGAUUUAUAUCGCUGUGUUACUCAGUCUGAGAGAGGUUCUGGAGUCUCCAACUUCGCUCAACUCAUUGUUCGAGAACCUCCUCGACCAAUAGCUCCCCCACAGUUGCUAGGAGUUGGACCAACUUACUUGCUGAUUCAGUUGAAUGCUAAUUCCAUUAUUGGGGAUGGACCCAUUAUCCUGAAAGAAGUGGAAUAUCACAUGACAACUGGGACAUGGACAGAAACCCACGCCGUAAAUGCACCAACUUACAAGCUCUGGCAUUUGGAUCCUGACACAGAAUAUGAAAUCCGUGUUCUUUUAACCAGGCCUGGAGAAGGUGGCACUGGCCAGCCAGGCCCUCCACUUAUCACCCGAACCAAAUGUGCAGAACCAAUGAGAACGCCGAAAACCUUGAAGAUUGCUGAGAUCCAGGCACGACGUAUUGCUGUCGACUGGGAAUCUUUAGGUUACAAUAUUACUCGCUGUCACACUUUUAAUGUCACCAUCUGCUACCAUUACUUCCGUGGUCACAAUGAAAGCAAGGCAGACUGCUUGGAUAUGGACCCCAAAGCCCCUCAACAUAUUGUGAAUCACCUGCCUCCUUACACAAAUGUGAGCCUCAAAAUGAUCCUGACUAACCCUGAAGGAAGAAAAGAGAGUGAGGAGACAAUUAUCCAAACAGACGAAGAUGUGCCUGGUACUGUGCCUGUAAAAUCAUUGAAGGGAACUCCAUUUGAAGACAAGAUCUUCCUGAACUGGAAAGAACCAAUGGAACCAAAUGGCAUCAUUACACAGUAUGAGGUCAGUUAUAGCAGUAUAAGAUCAUUUGAUCCUGCGGUUCCAGUGGCGGGACCAGCUCAAACCGUGUCCAAGUUGUGGAACGGUACACAUCAUGUCUUUUCCCAUCUACACCCUGGGACUACCUAUCAAUUUUAUAUAAGAGCCAGCACUGUCAAAGGGUUUGGACCAGCCACAGCCAUCAAUGUAACCACCAAUAUUUCAGCUCCCACGUUACCCGACUAUGAAGGAAACGAUGCAUCACUCAAUGAAACUGCCACAACUAUAACUGUACUGCUGAGACCGGCACAAGCUAAAGGUGCUCCCAUCAGUGCCUAUCAAAUUGUUGUUGAAGAACUGCAUCCUCAUCGAACUAAGCGUGAAACUGGCGCAAUGGAUUGCUACCAGAUUCCAGUCACAUACCAGAAUGCGCUGAGUGGUGGCUCGCCAUAUUAUUUUGCUGCAGAACUACCACCUGGUAACCUUCCUGAAGCAGCUCCCUUCACUGUUGGUGACAACAGAACUUACCAAGGCUUCUGGAACCCACCUUUGGCUCCUCGGAAAGGUUAUAAUAUCUACUUCCAAGCCAUGAGUAGUGUUGAGAAGGAAACCAAGACCCAGUGUGUUCGAAUUGCUACCAAAGCAGCAGCAACAGAAGAACCAGAGGUAAUUCCUGACCCAGCCAAGCAGACAGAUCGUGUUGUGAAAAUAGCCGGAAUAAGUGCUGGAAUUUUAGUCUUCAUUCUCCUCCUCCUUCUUGUCAUAUUAAUUGUCAAAAAAAGAUAUAUAACAUGGAGAAGAAACGUCUGCAUUAGAAACCUUAGGAGGAGCUACUAUUCUUACUCCUACUACCUCAAACUCGCAAAGAAACGCAAGGACGCAAUGGGAAACACUAGACAAGAAAUGACCCACAUGGUAAAUGCAAUGGAUAGAAGUUAUGCUGAUCAGAGCACCCUGCAUGCAGAGGAUCCUCUCUCCGUCACCUUUAUGGACUCCCACAACUUUAGUCCCAGAUUGCCCAAUGAUCCACUCGUGCCGACUGCUGUGUUAGUCCCUAUAACUGAUGAAAACCACAGUGCAACAGCGGAGUCAAGUCGGCUGUUAGAUGUGCCUCGCUAUCUCUGUGAAGGAACAGAGUCCCCAUACCAGACAGGCCAACUACAUCCUGCUAUCCGAGUUGCUGACUUGCUGCAGCAUAUUAACCUCAUGAAAACAUCUGACAGCUAUGGUUUUAAAGAAGAGUAUGAGAGCUUCUUUGAAGGACAGUCAGCUUCUUGGGAUGUAGCAAAAAAGGAUCAAAACAGAACAAAGAAUAGAUAUGGAAACAUUAUAGCAUAUGAUCACUCCAGGGUGAUAUUACAACCUGUUGAAGAUGAUCCUUCUUCAGACUACAUCAAUGCUAAUUACAUUGACAUUUGGCUGUACAGGGAUGGGUACCAGAGACCUAGUCACUACAUUGCAACCCAAGGGCCAGUCCAUGAAACAGUGUAUGAUUUCUGGAGAAUGAUAUGGCAGGAACAAUCAGCAUGCAUCGUUAUGGUGACAAAUUUAGUUGAAGUUGGGCGAGUUAAGUGCUACAAGUAUUGGCCAGAUGACACUGAAGUUUAUGGGGACUUCAAAGUUACAUGUGUGGAAGUGGAACCACUUGCAGAAUAUGUGGUCAGGACAUUCACCCUUGAAAGGAAGGAGUGUGCCAAUCUGGCCUCUCUGAGAGGGAAAUUCCAGAGCCUGGGAGCAGCUACCGAGAAGGCAUUCUCCUGUGUAUCUCGAGGUUACAAUGAGAUCCGUGAAGUUAAGCAAUUCCACUUUACUGGAUGGCCUGAUCAUGGGGUACCGUACAAUGCGACAGGCCUUCUGUCAUUUAUACGGCGUGUAAAACUAUCUAAUCCUCCAAGUGCUGGGCCUAUUGUUGUGCAUUGCAGGUGUGUAGAGAAGAGUGCUGGAGCAGGACGAACUGGCUGUUACAUUGUAAUUGACAUAAUGCUGGACAUGGCAGAAAGAGAAGGAGUUGUGGACAUCUACAACUGCGUCAAAGCAUUACGUUCACGCCGCAUCAAUAUGGUUCAGACAGAGGAGCAGUAUAUCUUUAUUCAUGAUGCAAUUCUGGAAGCCUGCUUAUGUGGGGAAACUGCCAUCCCUGUUUGUGAAUUCAAAGCUGCCUAUUUUGACAUGAUUAGAAUAGACUCGCAGACAAACUCUUCACAUCUGAAAGAUGAAUUUCAGACCCUGAAUUCUGUGACUCCUCGGCUUCAGGCUGAAGACUGCAGUAUAGCAUGCUUACCAAGGAACCAUGACAAGAAUCGCUUUAUGGAUAUGUUGCCACCAGACAGAUGUCUGCCUUUCUUAAUUACUAUUGAUGGCGAAAGCAGCAAUUAUAUCAAUGCUGCCCUUAUGGAUAGCUACAGGCAACCUGCUGCCUUCAUUGUCACACAGCAUCCUUUGCCAAAUACUGUGAAAGAUUUUUGGAGACUGGUAUAUGACUAUGGGUGUACCUCUCUUGUGAUGUUAAAUGAAAUUGAUUUAUCGCAGGGAUGUCCACAGUAUUGGCCUGAAGAAGGAAUGCUGAGAUAUGGUCCUAUUCAGGUGGAAUGCAUGUCUUGCUCCAUGGAUUGUGAUGUAAUAAACAGAAUCUUCAGGAUAUGCAAUUUAACAAGGCCUCAGGAAGGUUAUUUGAUGGUACAGCAAUUUCAGUACCUGGGAUGGGUGUCUCACAGAGAUGUACCAGGUUCCAAACGGUCAUUCUUGAAGUUAAUUCUUCAAGUUGAAAAAUGGCAAGAAGAAUGUGAAGAGGGAGAAGGGAGAACAAUAAUCCACUGUCUGAAUGGCGGUGGACGAAGUGGAAUGUUCUGUGCCAUAGGUAUUGUAGUAGAAAUGCUUAAAAGGCAAAAUGUCAUCGAUGUUUUCCAUGCAGUAAAGACUUUACGGAACAGUAAGCCAAAUAUGGUAGAAACACCGGAGCAAUAUCGUUUCUGCUAUGAUGUCGCACUGGAGUACCUUGAAUCAUCUUAGUGGGAAAGGAUGGAUUCAAUCAAGAGAACCAAAUAAUAUGAAAUUUCAUAAACUGCAUUUUGCCAUCAGCUCUGGAACCUGUGAAGAAAGAAUUUACUGAAGGGGAGAGUUAAUUUUUAAAUGCAAAAGUAUUUUUCUUAAUAAAUGGUGUAUCUUAAUUAUAUAUAUAAAUAUAUAAAUAAAGAACUGUUUCUAUGCCUGUAUACAGUAUGAACAUAUAGUGCCACAAAUAAAAAGAAGGGCCAAGGCUGAGUGUGUAUGCUGUUGGAGGUAGGACCUUUCAGUGUUUGUAUAUUCAGCUGUCUCUUGGUUACACUAGAACCCCCAUCUGUUGCAUGUAUCUGUUUCAACAUUUUAUUUCCCCUUUUCUCCAUACUUUGAUAAAUCGUUAACAGUGAAACAACUGUGCAGAUUGAUAGUCUCUGUACGUUCCAUGUGUUGCAAGGGAAAAAAGUUAUAUAUACAUUUAUAUAUAUAUAUAUAGUAUGUAUGAUAACUGCUUUAUUUUGUUUUAAUGUGCAAUUAUGGCCUGAUCAAAGUUCUUUAUAAAGAAAUUUACACAUAAGCCAAAGACUCAAGUGUACAUAUGUCUAUAUGAUGAAGAAAGCACAUUGUAUUUAUUGUUUACUGACAUUCCUUUUCUGAUGGAUAAACAAAACCAUUUUUCUCAAACAUUUUUGUUUCUACUGAAAUCAAGUGUAAAUGAUUUUUGUAGAUUAUUUUUUGUAUGCUUUUGUGUAAGGAGAGAGGGGGGUGGGGAGAAUUUUUAUGUAUAGGCCAGAAAACACUGACAUAGUGAUUCUUGUUGUGUACAUGAUAAUGAAUUGAAUCAAUAUAAAUUACUUGGUUACAGGAGACCAAACUCAAAACUGCUUUUCUCAAAGUGAACAGAUCUUUUCCAGUUUAAUAAUAUAAAUUGAAUAGAAACUGCACACAUCUAUGCUUAUGACUUGCACAAUUGCGGUAGAAACUUCAUUAUUUUUAUAAAGAAACAAAAAGGAUUGACAAAUGCUUGAGACACAAAGCAGACAAAAUAACAAGCAAGGCUUGGUUAGAAGAAUAUUCCAAGUAAAUAAUCUUUUUUUUUAAUGUAUUCAAGUUGCAGGCGCAAUCCUAGGCAGCCAUAGCAUGGACGAGGAUACAUGCUGCCCUCUCCCUUUAAACUCCAUACUUAAAGGUUAUUCAGUCAUAAUCUGGGAGCCUGUUUUGUCUUCUAAAACUUCCUCCCAAAUUCAUCCAAGUCAUUUGGUGCUGUGAAAACUGUUCGGUCACUUCCAGCAUGCAUACAUAUCCUAUGAAAUGGUUGUCCAGGUUUGUGGCAAUGGAAGCUUUGUGUUCUGACAAAGCCAAAAUGGAUUGAAUCAAUUCCAUAGUUAGGCUAUAGCUUUAGUCUCAUUUUACUUUGCUCUUCAUAUGCACAUUCAUAAGCCUGGGCAUAUUUUCUUAAUGAUGAAAUAUUUGUGUCUUGUUGAUUUUUUGGAUCAAGAGUUAAUGACAAGGUGCUUAUAAAUACCCAUGUAAAGUAAGAGUGAAUUAAAAAAGUUUUAUAAAA